AUGGUAACUCAUCCUCUCCGUCGGUCUCUCUUUCCAUCGGAGCUUACUCGCUUGACCCAACAGCUCAGCAGAUCGUCAUCUUCGCCAUUUGCAGCUUUUUCUUCGUCUCCACGUCACCAGGCUAAACCCUCUAAGCCUCGCAGGCACAUUCGGCAGACUCCAGAGAGGAUAUUGGAUGCUCCUGACAUUGUCGAUGAUUUCUACUUGAACUUACUGGACUGGGGCAGCAGCAAUGUUGUAGCCAUUUCUCUAGCAAGCACAAUUUAUCUAUGGGAUGCUUCCUGUGGGUCACCUUCAGAGCUUGUUACCAUUGAUGAGGAACAUGGCCCUGUUACCAGCGUGAAAUGGGCUCCUGAUGGCCGCCAUCUCGCUAUUGGCUUGAACAACUCUGAAGUCCAAUUGUGGGAUGCAGCCUCCAAUAAACAGCUGCGAACUCUGAGAGGUGGACACAGAUGUCGGGUUGGAUCAUUGGCAUGGAACGACCACAUCCUGACCACAGGUGGAAUGGACAGCCUGAUUAUAAACAACGAUGUCCGAAUCCGUGACCACAUAGUUGGGACCUACAGGGGGCAUUCACAGGAAGUCUGUGGGCUGAAGUGGUCAGCUUCAGGACAGCGAUUAGCAAGUGGGGGAAAUGACGAUCUCAUCCACAUAUGGGACAGAAGAAGUUCCAUGGCUGCAACUCAUCAAUGGCUUCACAGGAUGGAGGAACACACUGCAGCAGUGAGGGCUCUGGCGUGGUGUCCAUUUCAAGCCAACUUGCUUGCCUCAGGUGGAGGUGGUGGUGACAUGAGCAUCAAGUUCUGGAACACCAUCACGGGGGCUCGAUUGAACUCAGUUGACACGGGUUCCCAGGUUUGCGGCCUGUUGUGGAACAAGAACGAGAGGGAGCUUCUCAGCUCUCAUGGGCUCACUGGCAACCAGCUGACUCUGUGGAAGUAUCCAUCCAUGGUGAGGACUGCUGAACUAACUGGGCAUACCUCCAGGGCGCUUUUCUUGGCUCAGAGUCCAGAUGGUUGCACUGUGGCAUCUGCUGCAGGGGAUGAAACCCUCAGGUUCUGGAAUGUGUUUGGCGAUCCGGCUGAAGCUGCUCAACUAAAACCUGCCCCAAAGAUAAAUUCUGAGCCCUUCUCUUGGGCAAAUCGAAUCAGGUAG